GGCUUCGGUUGGGAGGAGGAGGUGGGUCCCUUUGGCAACUUGAGCCCCUGGCGAAGCCCCCUCCUCCCGGCCCUUGGCUCCGCCCACUCAGGCUCCUCCCCCUCCUCCUUCCCUGGCUGCUGCCAAGAUGGCGGGGCUGGAGCUGCUUUCGGCCGAGGGCUUCCGCCUGGACGGGCGCAGGGCCGGGGAGCUGAGGCAGCUGAGGGCCCGCAUGGGGGUCUUCGCCGGCGCCGACGGCUCCGCCUUCCUCCAGCAGGGAAACACCAAGGCCCUGGCCGUCGUCUACGGGCCCCACGAGAUGCGUGGCUCUCGGUCCAAGGCCCUCCAUGACCAGGCGGUGGUCAACUGCCAGUUCAGCAUGGCCACCUUCAGCACCGGGGAGCGGAAGCGGAGGCCCCGCGGAGACCGGCAGUCCACCGAGAUGAGCCUCCACCUCAAGCAGACCUUCGAGGCCGCCAUCCUGGCCCACCUCUACCCCCGCUCCCAGAUAGACAUCUACGUCCAGAUCUUGCAAGCUGAUGGGGGCAACUACUGCGCCUCGGUGAACGCAGCCACGUUGGCAGUGAUUGACGCAGGCAUCCCCCUGCGGGACUACGUCUGCGCCAUCUCCGCCGGCUUCAUUGAAGAGACGCCGCUGGCCGACCUGAACUAUGUGGAAGAGGCGGCCGGCGGCCCCCAGCUGGCCCUGGCCCUCUUGCCCAAGUCGGAGCAGAUCGCUCUGCUGGAAAUGAACGCCCGGCUCCACGAAGAUCACCUGGAGCCCAUCCUGGAGGCCGCCAGCAAGGCCUGCAAGGACGUCUACCUGGUUUUAGACCAGGUUGUGCGGGAACACCUGCAGGAGGUCACUGCCUCCCUGGGCAAGUGAGGACCCUGUGGUAGUGGCAGCACAUGGCACCCCCUGGAAGAAGGGGGUCCUUUGCCCCGGAGAGACAUGGCCCAGAGGAAGCCCACCACCCACCUGCCCGCUUUCCUUGGAGAAAGAGUAUUUCUGGACACAAGUGUGACAGGCCCCUCAGAGGCUUGCAACAGGAUAUCUAUACUAAAUGUCUAUUUUUGUUUAAAAAAGAGCCCAGCAGAAAAUAAAUGUUUUUCCAAAGAAGGCCUGCAAUUGAGCCCUUGCAGAGGUUUCCCUUUAGACAUUCACGGCUCAAGGCCUGGUUUCAAGUUAAAUCAGCCCAAGGAACUCCAGACUAAAUCCUGAACCCACUCAGUGUGAAGUAGGAAAUCCCAGAACAUGGUGGAGCUGUUGAGUAAACACUCAUUGGGUUGCAUGGGUUGUCUCCAGUCUCUGCUUAAUGGCACCCAGGUAUGACCAGCACUGUCAGACAGUCAGCUGGUGGCUGUCUUGCCCCAGUUCCAGGCCGCUCCAAAGCUUCUUUUGGUGCCAGACACUGGCUAUAGCACAAGCUGCACUUGUGGUCACUGAGGCAUCAGACAAGACACAGCAAAGAAACCUUGCAGCCCUUUUGCUGAUGGGGCCCAGCAAGCAGUAGAACUAGGGCCCCAAACUAAUUCUACUCAGACUGUCCUUUUGGCCAGCAAUUAGAUUCGCCAUCACUGGACAUUUGGGGAGCCUUGGCUGGGUUGCACCCAAGGCAAGGCUGUCCGGAAAUGGCCUCCCAAAGGCUAUAUAGGACAGAAACAGAGUAAUAGCAUAUUAAACCGUUUAAUGCGUAAUACAGACCACAUUAAAAUCCUUUUAAAAUA